CACACGGGUCUGGGAGUGUGUGCACACGUACACGUCACACACACCCAGAAGCAUCCACACACAGAUACACACUCACUGUGAGUGACCUGUUGCCAUUGGCCAGGCCCACCAACCCUCUGCCUGUCCGAGCUGAAGAACAGGACCAUUUGGGAAAGGAGGAGAAAGAGCAGGAAGAUGGUAACGCUGAGGUUGAUGUGGGGACUCCUGGUCCUGAGUGUGGUGGCAGCCUCUCCCCGCAGAUACGUCCGACAAGCAGAACUAGAUAACUACGACAACAACAAGGUGGAUUUAGACCUGAAUGUGGAUAGCGAUGUCUAUGACUAUUAUGAUGGAAUUGAUGAACCACAGAUAGAGAUUGGCACCUUGAGCCCUGAUGAGGACAUUGAUCCUUCACACCAUGCUUCAUUAGAGGAAGAAGAAGAGGAGGAGGUGGAACAUGUAGAACAUGAGGAACGGAGGACAGUUGAGGGGAGAGAGGACAAGGAAUUACCCAUAAAGCCUCAGCUUAUUCCAUCAGGUUCUGGGGAGUCCGGGACUCUGAUGGGCCCUAGUGCACAGGGAGAGGAGGAGCUUCGUCUGACGCCCAUUGACAUCCUUCAGAUUUCUGGGGACAUUUCGGGUUCUGGUGACUUGGGCUCUGGAGACUUACUUGAUGACAAAGCGUCUGGUUCUGGAGAGCCUUUGGGCUCUGGAGGUUCUGGGGCCUCUGGUGACAUAUCAGGUUCUGUGGACUCAGAGGACCUUGGUUCUGGAGUCUCUGGGCUUUUUGGUUCAGGCAUAAUAUUGAUCUCAGGUGGAGAGGAGGAGCUCCACUUGACGCUUGAAACCCUUCCACACGAGGCCUCUGGGGAUUUUGGAGAGUCUGGAAUCUCUGGGGAGUCUGGAGCUUCUGGCUUACCUGCGGUGUCAGGAGAGCCUUCAGCCUCUGGGGUUCUUGAUCUAUCUGGUGAGCCUGUGGCUUCUGGGGUACUUGAGGUAUCAGGAGAGCCUGGGGCCUCUGGAGUACCUGAGCUGUUGGGAGAAUCUUGGUUCUCUGGGGAACCUGAGGUGUCAGGAGUAUCUGGUGUUCCAGAGAUUUCAGGAGAGUCUGGGCUCUCUGGGCUGGCAGAGGUUAUCGAAGAGUCCGGGACCUCUGGGGUGCAUGAGGAGUCUGGAGAGCCUGUGAUCUCUGGGGUGCAUGAAGCGUCUGGAGAGCCUGUGAUCUCUGGGGUGCAUGAGGCGUCUGGAGAGCCUGUGAUCUCUGGGCUGCCUGAGGCAUCUGGAGAGCCUGUGAUCUCUGGGCUGCCUGAGGUGUCUGGAGAGCCUGAGAUCUCUGUGCUGCCUGAGGUGUCUGGAGAGCCUGAGAUCUCUGUGCUGCCUGAGGUGUCUGGAGAGCCUGAGAUCUCUGGGCUGCCUGAGGUGUCUGGAGAGCCUGAGAUCUCUGUGCUGCCUGAGGUGUCUGGAGAGCCUGAGAUCUCUGUGCUGCCUGAGGUGUCUGGAGAGCCUGAGAUCUCUGUGCUGCCUGAGGUCCCUGAAAAGCCUGGACCCUUUGAUGUGUUUGAAGAGUCUGGGGUCCCCGAAGAGUCUAAACAGCCUGAGGUCACUUUGGAGUCAGGAGAGUCUGGGAGCCCAGAAGAGUCUGGGGUGACUGAGGCCCCAGUUGUCACCACUGAAAUAAUAAUACCUGACUUAGAUGAAGAGGAGGAGAUACUCCUAACUACCCCGACCACUCCCUUGGAGGGGACUGGGGGUGAUAUAGGUUCAGGGCUACCUGAUAUUGACACAGAUACAACAGGUAUGGGUACCUGUAUGCUUUGCACCUGCCUGGUCGGAUCUGUGUACUGUGAUGACCUGAAGCUGGACCGUGUUCCUCCCCUUUCCAAAGAAACCACUCAUUUCUAUGCCCGCUACAACAAAAUUGCUAGGAUCGGCAAGUCUGACUUCGCCAACCUGAACAAAUUAAAGAGGAUCGAUCUGACUAGCAAUGGCAUUUCCAGGAUUGAUGAUGAUGCUUUCUUUGGCCUUCCUGCUCUGGAGGAGUUGGUAUUACGAGAGAAUAUUAUUAGACAACUUCCUGCUCUGCCACCCUCUAUGACCCUUAUUGAUGCCUCUCUCAACCAGCUGGGCAGCACUGGCAUUCAGAGAGAAGCUUUCAAGGACAUGCCAGGGCUACGUUACCUUUACUUGACAGACAACAACAUAGACCACAUCCCGGUUCCUUUGCCUGACAGUCUGCGCUCUCUGCACCUACAGAAUAACAAUAUCCAAAUGAUGCAUGAGGACACCUUCUGCAAUCCACACAAUUUGAAUUACAUCCGCAACGCUCUUGAGGAUGUUCGCCUGGACGGUAAUCCCAUCAACCUCAGCAGAACCCCACAGGCCUACAUAUGUUUGCCACGUAUCCCCAUUGGUGCCCUUAUUUAAGCCAAGAAAACGUACACUCAAAUGCACGCGUACAAAACUCACACGUAUGCACAUGCAUCAAAACUCCUCUGUGCGUACCUCUCUCUCUUUUUUCUUUUUUUUUUAACUUUGGGCUCAAGCAAACACUUGGAUAUGAAUGGCUGUCUUUAAAGGAGGUUGGCAUAAAUACAUAAACUCACACUCUCACAGGAGUUCUGGUGGACACUUCCAACUCUACGCUGCUUGUGUUUCUACCUUUUUACACAGUGCAUACUUUUCAUAAUGUAGGAGGUUUGUAAUCAUAUCUGGAUUUAUGACGUCUCAAACACACAUGCGUGUCUAGCCUCGUAAACAAUCUCUUUUAGAGAAACAGAGAACCAUGCAUAACUCCGAAAGUUUUUUUAUUUAUCAAAUACUAAUGAACCUUUGAGGAAAACAAGAUGUCAUUAAUUUACAAGUGCAAAUAUGAACAAAACCGCACAAAAACCCUCUUUUUGUGUGCUGUACUGGUUGCCUGUCUGGGGUUAGCUGCAAUAGCCAGCCCCAAUUGUUUAAAUAUGUUUGUUUUGUAAAUGAAAUAUUGUUAAUAUUCAUAUGGAAUUUAACAAAUGUUUAUCAUAAUUAGCAUAAACUAAUUGAAGCUGGCGCUCAAUGAUUUUUUUGAAAGGUAAAUUUGACUAAUGCAAUAAAAGAAGCAUUCUAACAAUGAAUUUGUUGUAAAGUCUGUACUGUAAUAUAAAUAUAUAUAAGCUGUUUUUUUUUUUAUUUUACAAGAACUGCAAUAUUUUGGUAUAUCACGAUUCAAGCUGUUGUUAUGACCAAUGGCCUUCAAAAUGAACAUUUCAGAACUGUUGUAUUGGCUGAGAAUGGGUUUGAGAAUGACUGGGGGGAAUGGGGGGUAAAUAUUAGCUCAGCAUUGUGUGUUUUGUAUGGAAAUAAUCGCACCUGAAUAAAG